AGAGCCUUCCUGAUGUAUAUAUGCAGGUAGUGAGAAUUGAAUCGGCCUUUUGAGACUGUAAUAUAAUAAAACUCUGAUUUGGGGAGCAGCUGUUCUCCUUAUUUUUCUGCUCUCCUGUGGGAAUGAGUUGCCAAUCUUUUACUUCGGCUGAUACUUUUAUACCUCUGAAUUCUGACGCCUCUGCAACUCUGCCUCUGAUAAUGCAUCACAGUGCUGCCGAGUGCCUACCAGUCUCCAACCAUGCCACCAAUGUGAUGCCUACAGUCCCAUCUAUUUUGUCUUUGAUCCAAACUGCUGAAUGUUUGCGCACACAUUUCUUGGUGACAACGUUGGGAAACACAGCAACAGGACUUCAUUAUUCUGUUCCUUCCUGUCAUUAUGGAAACCAGCCAUCAACCUAUGGAGUGAUGGCAGGUAGUUUAACCCCUUGUCUCUAUAAAUUUCCCGACCACACCUUGAGUCAUGGAUUUCCCCCUAUACACCAGCCUCUCCUGGCAGAGGACCCCGCGGCUGCUGAUUUCAAACAGGAACUCAGGCGGAAAAGUAAAUUGGUGGAAGAGCCAAUAGACAUGGACUCUCCAGAGAUCAGAGAACUUGAAAAGUUUGCCAAUGAAUUUAAAGUGAGAAGAAUUAAGUUAGGAUACACCCAAACAAACGUUGGGGAGGCCCUGGCAGCUGUGCACGGCUCCGAAUUCAGUCAAACAACUAUCUGCCGAUUUGAAAAUCUGCAGCUCAGCUUUAAAAAUGCAUGCAAACUGAAAGCAAUAUUAUCCAAAUGGCUGGAGGAAGCUGAGCAAGUGGGAGCUUUGUACAAUGAAAAAGUGGGAGCGAAUGAAAGGAAAAGGAAACGAAGAACAACUAUAAGUAUUGCUGCUAAAGAUGCUCUGGAGAGACACUUUGGAGAACAAAAUAAACCUUCUUCUCAAGAGAUCACACAGAUGGCUGAAGAACUGAAUCUGGAGAAAGAAGUAGUAAGAGUUUGGUUUUGCAACCGGAGGCAGAGAGAAAAACGGGUGAAAACAAGUCUGAAUCAGAGCAUAUUUUCUAUUUCUAAGGAGCAUCUUGAGUGCAGAUAAGAUUUUCUAUUGUGUAAUAGUCUUUUCUUUUCCUGUUUUAUUCCUUUCUCAUUCUCAACAAAAACAGAAAUAUUACUUGGUUGACUUAAAAUCAUUUUAUACCAAUAGCUUUUACAGAAGCUUUACUUUUCCACUUUUUUAAGCUAUUUAAAUUAUUUUGAUGGUAUUUACUUAAAUAAUUAUUCUCAGAAGCUACAUUAUACAUUUUAAGCAAAAUAUAUUAACAGUAAUAAAACGAUCUCUCUCU